AUGGGCACCAGGCUUCGGAGCAGUCUCCAUCGUGCCUUCCAUGGCAGAGUCACGGGGGCCCUGGCAUCACAACUUCCAAGGCCAUUUACAACUUCCAUGGUGGUGAACCCUAACGCAGGGUCCAGUGAAAGUUCUUACACAGUCCCUCGAGGACCAAGCACCUUGGGCGUGGUGAGGCGAAUUCGACAGAAACAAAUUGUGCUUUGGGCACAACUCGCUCUCCUCUUCAAGCUCCUCAGACGACCUGCCACCUCCAGCACAGAGGGACGGCUGGCCCCACCCGAGUUCCCCACUCCUGGGACGUGGGGCUGGCUGCGGCGAUUGGUGGUGAGUGGGUGGCCUGGAAUUGAACCCAUUUUCUUCUCCUCAGACACCACCACCCGUCUCCUGCUUGGAGCCAUUGCCGUCCUCCUGUUCGCCAUCCUGGUGGUGAUGAGCAUCCUGGGUGAGCAUGGAUGUCGGGGCAUUUAUGCGGUUCCGUGUACCAUCUCAGAGGCGUGUCUGAGUAGGUCAACAGAAGUUCCCAGCGUACCACGGAUUCUAUGGGGGACAAAGGAAUUUAUGUUCAAGUUCACACGGAGGGAGCCCUGGAUUGGCCUUCGCAGAGUCGGGGACGAGUUCCACUGGGUCAACGGGGAACCCUUUGACCCCGACACAUUCGCCAUUGCGGGCCUGGGAGAGUGCGUCUUCGUGGAGCCCACCAGGCUGGUGUCGACGGAGUGUCUGAUGACGCGGCCCUGGGUGUGCAGCAAGAUGGCCUACACGUGAGGGCCCAGCGCCAGCCUCCCUGCCAGGCCUGCGGGACGCAGCAGCCCAAGUGACCACGCCCUCUCCCCAGCACCCCAGCUCUUCACACGGAGCCUUCACACGGCGCCUGUCACCUUGCCCUCCAUGACGUUUCCUCAUGUCACCUGACCCUCCUGCACCUGAUUAGAAAGCCCGGGAGCAGGCCUUGUGUGCCCCGGCCUCUGGGAUGCACAAACGCGCACUCGAAGAUGACUGUCCGUGACAGUGUACACAGCAUCACCGUUUCCCACGGUGGAAGCGCGCGGGCCAGCGUCAGAAGACUCUGUUUGGCCUUGGUGGGCAUGGCAGGGCAUGGUUUUUGGAGGCACAGCGGAGACGGACUCUUGACCUUGUUCUGCUUCAAUUAGACAAGCUCAUGCACACGCUGGGUGGUUGGGUGGGGGUGGCCCGGAAGCACAGGGGCCCCGAGGGAGGCUGCCUCAGUCUCCAAAAUGUCCUUUGCCUCUUUCACGCAGCCGCAUGAGGAGCUGGCUGUGAGGGGGACCAGCUUCGGGGAGUUUCCAUCAGGGAGGGGCUGGCUGCUGGAGGCCCCUGUGACCCUCGCGAUAGAGCCCUAAUUAACAUCACAGCCAGACCUGGUUUCUAGAAAUGGCCACUGCCCGCUGAGAGCUGACAGCAGGAGCGGGGAGGGGAAGGAGGCAGCUGCCUCUCGCCCCUUCCUGCUCUGUAGCCGGCUCCAGGCACAGAGUAUGAGAUUGAAACGGGCAUCCAGGAAGCCCCCUGCCACUCCCACCCGAGAUCCCACUCUCUGCUAAGGCAGCAGGGAGUGGACACACACUGGGCCUGGCCUCCAAGCCCUGCCCUGGGCCAGUCAGGGGCCAGCUCGUCCCAACAAGCAGUUGUGGAGUUCAGCCCCCUGUGCCGAACCUCUGACCCCAGGCUUCACCUCUGUCCACUAGCAUCAUGCCUGCCCUGCCUACCUAAUAGGGUUUUGAGAAUCAUGGACGUUAGGAUUUCAGGGGUUAGACAUGAUCGACCCCAUGAGGCCCAGAGAGGUUAAGUGAUACGUCCAAGGUCACACAGCUAGUGGCAGAGCUGGAACAGGCCUGGUGGCGCUCCUGUUCCCCGUUUAUUCGCUCAUCACUGCAUGUGUCAUGCUUUGUGUAUUUGUGUACGUGUUGGCCACCCGCGUGGAAAUUAAGCUCCUAGAGGUCAGGGGUCCCCUCGCACACUUUUCUGUUUUUCUGGCGCCUGGUACAUACAGAAGGUGCUCAAUAAAUGUGUGUUGAACUAAACUGA